AACUUGAAAACCAAGCCGAGUUGUUUUGGUUUUUUUAAGCGGGGGGAUGUUCCGCCGCUCUUUAUUUAUGCUUCUCUCCCUCCUUUUUUUGUUAUUUAUUUCUAGCCUAGGCACGUUAAGCUACACAGAGAGCGAAUGAUUCCGUUAAUACCGUUAAAUUAAUUUCUGUAAUGCUAGUUAUUCCCAAGCCAGCAAAGUAGUUUGAGGGUGCUGAGCGGUAAUGGAUUCACGGGUAUCGGAGCUUUUCGGUGCGGGUUCCGCUUUUAAAACGACCCCUCAAGGAGCGGGGUCGGCUUCAAAUAACGCUGCUGUGGCGGCCACGAAAAAAACCUUCUCAAAAAAUGGCAAAAAGGCGAAGAACCGAUCAGCCCGACAUCCUAAACCAAGCAAUAAUCCGCCUUAUCUACCUCCAGAGGUUGAAGAGGGGAACAUAGAGUACAAGCUGAAGCUGGUGAACCCCACACAGUAUCGCUUCGAGCACCUGGCCACACAGAUGAAAUGGAGGCUCCAGGAGGGCAGGGGAGAGGCCGUGUACCAGAUCGGGGUGGAAGACAACGGGCUGCUGGUUGGCUUGUCUGAAGCAGAUAUGAGAGCAUCGCUCAGAACUCUUCGUCGGAUGGCUGAGAAGGUGGGGGCUGACAUCACAGUCCUCAGAGAGAGGGAGGUGGAUUAUGAGUCUGAGGAGCCACGGAAAAUCGCAGAGGUCCUCGUCAGGAAAGUGCCAGAUGACCAGCAGUUCCUGGAUCUGCGGGUAGCAGUGCUGGGUAACGUGGACUCGGGGAAGUCCACUCUGCUGGGUGUGCUUACGCAAGGGGAGCUGGAUAAUGGCAGGGGCAGAGCACGGCUCAACCUUUUCCGACACCUCCACGAGAUCCAGACAGGAAGAACCUCCAGUAUCAGCUUUGAAAUCCUGGGCUUCGAUAGCAAAGGAGAGGUGGUGAAUUACAGUGACUCCCGGACAGCAGAGGAAAUCUGCGAGAGUGCCUCAAAAAUGAUCACCUUCAUCGACCUGGCUGGCCACCACAAAUAUCUGAAGACUACCAUCUUUGGCCUUACCAGCUAUUGCCCUGACUUUGCCAUGCUAGUGGUCAGCGCAAACACAGGCAUAGUGGGCACUACACGGGAGCACCUGGGUUUGGCCAUGGCUCUGAAGGUGCCCAUUUUCAUUGUGGUCAGCAAGGUGGACCUGUGCACCAAAGCCACGGUGGAGCGCACCGUCCGGCAGCUGGAACGCAUCCUCAAGCAGCCGGGCUGCAACAAGGUUCCCCUAGUCGUGGCCAGCACGGACGACGCAGUCACCGCUGCCCAGCAGUUUGCCCAGUCGCCCAGGUACCUCACAGCUCUUAAAACUACCUCAAAGCCUCCUGUCGACAACAAUAAACCCAGCAUCACACCUAUCUUCACGUUAUCCAGCGUAUCAGGGGAGAACCUGGACCUGCUGAAGGUCUUCUUCAACAUCCUGCCUCCCCUCAGCAAUAGCAAAGAGCAGGAGGAGCUCAUGCAGCAACUCACUGAGUUCCAGGUUGAUGAGAUUUACACGGUGCCUGAUGUCGGGACAGUGGUUGGUGGAACUCUUUCCAGUGGAAUCUGCCGGGAGGGCGAGCAGCUGGUGGUCGGCCCCACGGAUGACGGUCAGUUCCGGGAGCUGACCGUGUGCAGUAUCCAGAGAAACCGCUCUGCAUGCCGGGUGCUCAGAGCGGGACAGGCAGCUACUCUGGCACUGGGCGAUUUCGACCGCUCGUUAUUACGAAAGGGCAUGGUGAUGGUGAGCCCAGAGAUGAACCCCACGAUCUGCUGGCUGUUUGAGGCUGAGAUCGUCCUGCUCUUCCACGCCAAAACUUUCCACAAGGGCUUCCAGGUGACCGUGCACGUGGGUAAUGUGAGACAGACCGCCACAGUGGAGGCUCUACACGGGAAGGACGAGCUGCGCACUGGUGAGAAAGCGGUCGUGCGAUUCAAGUUCAUCAAGCACCCAGAAUACCUCAAAGUGGGUGCCAAGCUGCUCUUCAGACACGGAGUAACCAAAGGCAUCGGACAGGUCACCAAGCUACAGCCUCUGUCCCAAUAUCAGCACCACUCCUAGACUCAGUCUCUCUCUCUCAGCUCAGAGGACGCUGCCUAACCCAAUACAGCAAUCCUUCAGUCACUCUCAGAUUCCUCUUUCUUGUAAGCCCACCUCCCUCCCCCCAAAACACUCUUUUAUUUUUUUUUAUUUUCUUCUCCCCUUCACCAAAGCCUUGCCUCCACCAACCUCAAGCCUUUUUAAAAAACUGUUUCAUUUGAAACAACAGUCUGGUUUACAGGCUUUUUAUUUUGUAGUCUUGCAGUAGGAUCUGGAGGGGAGUUUACGCUUGAACACAUUGUUCACCACGUAGACGCAGGUUUUGGUGUUCUUCUGAUCUAUGUUGGUGUCUCUUAAAGGAGAAGUCCAACUAGACAUGGGUAGUUGGCUCAAACCAGCAGUAAAGAUGUCCAGGCAGUUGGAACAAAGAGUCCAACCCAGCAGUUAAUCUGGCUAACAAUGAAGAAAGGUUAACUUUAUGUUAACUAGCAUUAUUCAUUGUUUUGUUGUUAGCCCCAUUAGCAAAUGUUUGGUUGAACUUCCCCUUUAAUGACUCCUGAUGAACUGCACACACCUAUUUGCUGCAAUGCAAAAUACUACAGCAAAUAAGGACAAGAUGAGGUGAGAUUCUGAACAUUUCUUUAAAGGCGUUAAUUAGGAAACUGGCGCCCAGCAGAUGACUUGAGGAUCUUGAGAUGAAUCUUACGCUUAUGCUCACAUAAUGACAAAACAAAUAGACGAGAAUGGCAAGACGUUCCUCCAAUUAAAUGUUUACAAGCUAAAACAAUACGGAAGUGUAAAGCGCUGAGCAUUUCCACGGCAGCUACAGUGGUGGCAGAUCUGUCAUCGUACAUCAGCCAACUCUGUCAAACUAAAUGCUAGCACUGUUAGCCUAAACCCUGAACCUAACAGCAGUCUCUGUGUUAAAUGUCUAGCUGACAGCUUGGAAAUGUCUUCUGUGAUUUUAUAAAGAGGCACUGUAAUGUUGUGUCUCAGAAUACUUAACCUGAUCUUUAUUUGGCAUGUGUAUUCAGUGAUUGAUUACCAGAGACUAAUUUCUGUGUUAAUUAAAAGAUUCGAAGACUUAUAAAUGCAUUUAUUAUGGAUGCAUUUGGGCAGCUGCUUCAGUUCCUGCCUGUUGGCUUCUAUUGUAGGUCUCAGGAGAAUAGAUUUUCUCUUCUUUUCGUAAGUGCAGCCAAACCUGUUGACGUUAUCAUGGUAAUUGAACGCUAAAUACACAUGGUAGAUGGAUAUUAGGUUAAACUUCGAAGGGAAAUUCCACUGAUUUAAAAAAAAAUUCAGUAUAAAUCAGUCAUUUAGAUGUAAACAGACUCAUUCAGAGGGGUUUGAUGUAAAAUGGUGCUUUUUAGAGAAGCUUACUGACUGAAUAUGUUUAUAGAAUCUUCUACAAUAACAGCAAUGUUCUUGACCAGUGAUUUUUAUUCUGUUUUAUAUGUAAUUGUGAUAACAUUAAGAGCAAAAGUAUGUUGUCUUUGAGUGCUAUUUUGCCAUAUGACUCCCUGCAUGUGCUCCUCUGUCAUGAAUGGAUUAAAAAAAAGUUUUAGGCCAUCUCGAAACUAUCAUAAAACAAUGUCUCAGGCAUCAUAUUCAUAAUCAUUUCAUGUAAUAACUGUCUGUGAGGGAGCGUUUUAGAGGCAUUUAACUCUCCAGACGUCUGGUUCCUAUCACCACCACUGUGAACAUGUUUCUGUAAACCAGAGCAUUUCACACUGAACCACUCUGAAUGACUUUGUUUACAUCCUAACUUUAAAAAUGUACAGAAAUGUAGAAAUAUUGGUGGAAUUUCCCUUCCCUUUCUAAGGGGUUGGCUUUGGGCUGUGGUAGCUAAGUGGUGGAUAUGCUGCUUUGCCAUCUUGUGGAUGUGUGUGUGCUUUACUGUUUUUGAAUAUCACUACAUCACAGACGUCACCUGCCUUUAAAUCACCGUAGAACCAGAUAUAUCAUGUGCUCUGGUCGACACUUAAGUGCUUUAGUUGCUCAGGAAAUUACACGUGCUCCUAGAAAAGCAUUCCACGUCCCUGUUACCCUCCAAAGUAGGAGAAGAACUUGAUGUUGCGCUGCUUCAAAGGGUUAAAGCUUGCCUCACAGGUAUACGUCGUCUACUGCUCUUCUACUGAUUAUGCAAAAUGGAUCGCAGGCCACGGAGAGGCCUUCUUCUGCUGUUGUAUCACUGUUCAUACUCUCUCAUGUUGUUUUCCUUCGUUACUGAUACCACGAUGUUAAACCGAGGGGCUCUGUCGUAGUGCCUUAGGUCGCCUAUCGAAGCCCACGUGAUCUCGCAGCUCUCUCAGAACUCGACUUGGUGCUACACCUUUUGAUAUUUAAGAUGACGAGCAGGGGGUUGACACAUUAGUUUUCAAACCCCCGAAGCUUCGUCGGCCUUAAGAGCUGUGGCUAGAGCCAGUUCAUGCAUGUGUAGUUUUACUUACUCAGUACCACGUUAGAGCACGUUAGUCUGUUCCUACUGUGUUAUUCUCGUGCAAUUUUAGAAGGAAGAAAAAAACCCGAAUGUAUUUAAACCAAAAAACAUUUAAAGAGGAGAAACAGACAGCAUCAGUGUUUUUGUUUUACAGAUUUGUAGUGGUUUCUAGUUUUAUUCAGCCACCUAUUUUUGAACUGCACCUCAUUUAUAUCAAUAUUUGUCACUUUUCUGGCUUCAUGUGCUGGAAGUUUUUUUUUUUUUCUGUUAUUUUUAAAUAUUUUAAGAUUUUAGACUUUUGGUGAAUUUGAGUAUUUAUGUACAAAUCAGUUUGUAUAUUAUGGUGUACAUAAAUAAAAUGUUUAUGAUCUAC